CCAGUUCACUUUCUCAGUCACAAUAAGUCCAAAGAGCAUCAGAUAAAACCAUUAUGCACAACACCAGUUGAUACACUAACAGUAAUUAAGUGGGUGUUUAUUUUAAAAAGGCAACAAUUCAUUCAGUUUGUACCAAAAAUCAACAACUACGUGUGCGUCGAGUCAUGGAAAGUUCAAGGAACUUGUUUGAAGUUCAUGAUAACAUUUUGGAACUCGUACUGCAUUUAUUAAAUUAUUCAUCAACAGGUUCUUUUUAUGAAGAUAUAACAAAAAUUAAAGAAUGGAUUAUCAAACAACCACAUUUUCCAGAAGUAAUGGCCGACAAAAAAAUCGAAAACUUUCUUAUUUUAAACAAAGGCAGCGUGGAAAGAUGUAAGGAAAAAAUAGAGAAUUACUAUAGAGUAAGAACCCACUUAACUGAUAUAUUUGGAAAUAUUAAUCCCAAGUUACCUUACAUGGAAUAUAUGUUGAAGGCAAUGUAUUUUGUUCCUCUUCCAAAACUUACAAAGGACUUCUAUAGAGUGCUUUACCAUAAAAUAAGAGAUACAUCCUUAACGAAACAUUUCGAUUUUGAUGACGCUGUUCGCCUUUUAGUAAAUAUACAAGAACUUCGUUUGACUGAAGAUAUUACAUAUGGCGAUAUCCUUAUAAUGGACGGUCAAAAUACUCCCUCAAGUCUUCUGUUCAAAGUAAAACCAACAACUAUGUACAACGCACUAGUAGUUAUAUACAAGAGAGUUUUCUCGAAUCGUAUCAAAGCAGUUUACAUAGUUAACGCCCCCUCUUCUGCGGAAUGGUUUCUGAAUAUUAUUAAGAACACUAUAAAACCUAAAAUAUUUGAGCGUAUACAUGUAUGUGAAAAUUGGAAUACUAUCUUUGAACAGAUCGGCGAGGAAGUUCUACCGAGAGAUUGUGGAGGUAAAGAAAAAUCUUUGGAAGAAUUACAAGACAUCCUCCGACAAGAAUUUAAACAACGCCAGGAGUACUUUGAUCAACUAGAUGCCCUUCGUGUUAAUGAAGAACUGAGACCACAAAAGCUUAAAGAUGGUGACAUGUUCGGGUUUUCCGGAAAUUUUAAAAAAUUGGAAAUUGAUUAAAUUCAUAUUUGUUACGUAUUUUGUUUGAUUUGUUUCUUCUGGUUUUCAUUUUAGGUAGGGCACUCAAAAUUUUCGUCAGCUAAGGCAUGACAUUUUGCCAUUUUAUUAACAUGAAUCUAAUUAAAAAUAAAUCAUUUGAUUCA